AUGAACCAACAAGCCACUCCCGAGGUACAGCCCGCUGGCGUAGACCAGUGCCAACUCUUCUACGAACCCAUCGUUCUUGAGCAGGCUUUACAAGUAGCUUGUCGUGCCGGUCAAGACGUCUUUAACGGUACUCCGAAGGUAGAGAACGAUUCCCUUGCCAGUCAGGUCCAGGUCUUCCGCUCGUUUGUGGAAAAGUUGGCCCAGGUAUGCGACAAUGAACGUGGCGGUCAGACAGUCACUUCAUUCACCGUCCUCGAGGGAGAAGACGGCCCAGAGUACGUCUUCGGUUCUAAUCACAGAGACGCCGAUGAGCUGUCUGAGACUCAGCAGUUCGCCGAAGACCUACUUACUUUGGUGGGAAAGAAUCCUACUGGUCUCAAGCCCAAGCCUCUCGCCAAGCAGGUCCUUUGGAAGAUACUAUUGUUCAAUCUGCCACGUCUCGAUAUCUACCUGAACAAUGUUGGCAAAUAUCUGGACGCUUGCAUUGACGACUGUGAAAGACGGGGGGCCCCGGAAGUCCUCAAGUCGGAACUCCUGGUCCUGAAGAACAAAACAGACUUUCCACGGGAUCUUACAUCUGGGAACGUUCAAGACAAGUUUCUGAGUGAUUGUGAAAAGCUGAUCAAAGGAGUUGUGGCUAUCAAGAACACUCAGAUCGAUCAGGCCAUCAUGAGAAACGCCAAGGAUGGAGAAAUUUCCGAGUCAAAAUACUGGUCCGAGUUGCGCCACUAUCUCGGACGACUGCUCUCCUUCCGCCGUGCGACAGAUGCCAUCAUUGGCACUCAUGAGCGCCUACCGAAGCUUUUUCAAGACUUCAAGUUCACAGCUGUUCCGUCAAGCGAAGAUGCUCGAAGACCAUUGACGAAGUCCAUGUCCAUCACCGCGGCAUCCAUAAUCAAGAACAUGAUUCCAGAUGAUGAUGAGGAGCAACAAGAGUUCCUUCAGCACGCCGUCGAGAUGCAAAAGUUCGGUCUUGACAGCAUCAUCCAGAGGCAGAUCGGCAAGCGCACCUUCAAGCCGCGUGUUCAUGCUGAAGUACUCGUUCACAGCUAUCUGUUAAGCCGAGAUCUACAGCAUCCAAGGGACUACUUCAACAGUUGGAAGUACAUUGGCAGCAGCAAACCUACUUGCAGGCUCUGUGACUACUAUUUUGACGCGCACCCCGAUCGAAUGCAAGUGAGGAAGACCCACGACAACCUGUAUCCCAACUGGCGUAUCCCAGGAGUCUUUGAGGGCGCGGACUCUGGCGUCCUCGACGCCAAGACGCAGCGAUUGCUUGAAAAGAUUAUGGAGAGCGUGCAUGAUGAUGUGAAGAGGACACUGGAACAGAAGCAGCCCAAUGGAAGAAACCAUGAUUCGAACACUCUCACCACACUGCCGGAGGGCUUAGCAGGUUAUCCGUACAGUGACACCACGAGCGUGAGCGAAGCUGCCGCUCAGAUGGACGACAUGCAACUGAACGCUCGUGCCGAAAGCGAGAAGUAUCAGGUGGCUGACUAUGGCGAUGAUGGAUCCAGCCUGGUUGGAGAAGCGGAUGAAGAGGUUGUCGGUAACACAAGUGGAGGUGCACCAUUGGAGGCCAUGCGUACUCAGAUUGCGGCUUGA